AUGGCCUCGGCUCCCCUCGGGCCGGAGGCGGGCUCCGAAGCGGGAGAGGCAGCCGCCGCCGAGGCAGCGCCGGGCGCAACCGCCACCGCCGCCAACGUCCACGACUCCGAGCUCGGGCGAAACGGCGACUACAGAGCGGGCCCAGAAUAUUCCUCCUCAGGAUGGGUGCCUGGUACUGAUUCAGUGUGGCAAACUGCAACUAGUCCAUCAAGUGGUCGAAGUACCCAUAUCAGAAGACACAGCAUAGCUUCUGAUAGUGGAGACACUGGCAUUGGAACUUCCUGUUCUGAUAGCGUGGAAGAUCAUUCCACCUCGAGUGGUACUUCCUCAUUUAAGCCCAGCCGCUCUCUGGUCUCGAUCCCUACUGCCCAUGUGAUGCCGUCCAGUGCCAGCUCUUCGCUUUCGAAACACAAGGAACCUCUCAAAUCAGGCUGUUCAAAAUGGAGUACAAGCCUUUUGAGGUCUGCUGGAAGCCGGCAUCAGGGCAUGCUGGACAGCUCUUUGGACAUGAAGGACUUGAGACCUGUAAGGAAAUGGUCCUCUCUGUCUAAGCUCAGCACGCCCGUGAGCUGCAGCCAGGAUGGAGGUGUUUGCUCGGCAGAGUGCAGGCCCAGCAUGGAUCAGACAGCAAGAGGCAAGGCUGUGUCUCCACCGUUGAGAGCAAAUGGGACAAGUUGCUUGCACAAUAGCAUGGAGCUGCUCAAAAUUGAGGACAGGGAGCCUGGGAAGAAAAGAAACUCUACUUUGGACUGCAAAUACAAAUUUGAAAGCUGCAGCAAAGAAGACUUGGGAGUUACUGAUCCCUCAAACAGGAGACAUGCCUUAGACAUGACCUAUAGUGCCUUACCGGAAAGCAAGCCUGCUACAUCAAACUGUGAAGGUUUUCAUCACGGAUAUAUAACUUUGGGGCCGCAGGCUGUGAGUGGUGUUCCCAUUCAACCCUCUGAGAGGACUCAGCGGUGGCUUACAGAACAAUUUCAUACAAAUCCUCCAGAGUCUAGGCCUUCUGAGGAGUCCUAUGGUUUACCACCUUGGCAGUUACAGCAGCUUGAAGAAGUUAGAACAGGAAAUGAACAUCCUAUGCAGCUUCUGAGUGGAUCAUCUCACCAGAGUUACGCAGCCACAAGCUUUCAGGAUUACAAUAACUGGGAGUCCCUGAUGAAAAUCAAAGAAGGGUUGUUAAGGCAAAAAGAGAUUGUGAUUGAUCGGCAGAAUCAGCAAAUUAAUCUUUUAUAUCAGAAGAUAAGGGAAAAUGAACUACGAGCUCAGCAAGCAAGACUGGGGCACAUUGUGAAUUGCGAAGAUUCUUACAUGAGUAGUUUCCAGCCUCACUAUGAGAAUACAGCAAUGCAAGCUCAGUUUGCAGAGAGAUCGAUGGCUCACUGUGAAAGAGAAGAACUGGAACAAAAGCUUGCAGCAGUACAGAGUAAGGAACUGCAGCUCAGUGAGUUUCUCAAACAAGUGGCAAACAAAUCUAGUGAGGAUAAAAAGAAAAUGGAGGAGAAGCUCAAAACCAGAGACAGAUACAUAAGUAGUCUAAAAAAGAAAUGCCAGAAAGAAUCAGAGCAAAAUAAAGAGAAACAGAGAAGAAUUGAAACCCUUGAAAAAUACCUGGCUGAUCUUCCAACACUGGAUGAUGUUGAAAGUCAAAGUAAACAGCUGGCGGUUCUGGAAGAAGAGAAUAAGCAGUUGAAAGCUACUGUAGCUGAGCUGGAAAAGAAGCUUGAAGAGUCUAAGACAGAAUGCCAAGAAAAAGAAUUGCAGCUAGUGUGUCAGAAGAAGAAAGAAAAAGAACUGGUAGCUGCAGUACAAAGCCUGCAACAGAAGGUAGAAAAAUGUCUGGAAGAUGGUGUCCGCCUUCCUAUGUUGGACACAAAACAACUUCAGAGUGAAAAUGAGUGCCUCAAAGAGCAACAUGACAAAGCCAGCAAGGUCAUAGACAAUCAACAGAAUCAGAUUGCACAGAUAACUUCAGAAAUUCAGUCUAUGCAAGAGAAACUUUUGCAAGAAAAACUGACAAUUCAGAAGCUGAAAAAUGAACUUGAAGAAAAGGAUAAGAGUAUACAGAAGACUCUGCUUGGAAACCAAAGACUUUCGGAAGAAAAUGCAUCUUUGAAGGAACAGAUUCAUCAGAUGGAACAGUCCAGACAGCCCUUGACUGAAAAACUUCCUGUGGCUGACCAGUUGUUCAAGGAAAUGUCUCAUUGUUUGUUUGACUUGAAAGCACUUUGCAGUAUUCUUACCCAUCGAGCUCAGGGCAAGGAGCCUAACCUGUCUUUAUUGUUGGGAAUCAGAUCAAUGAACUCCUCAUCUGAAGAUGAGAACUACUACAGUACAGAAACCCUCUCAAAGAAACUCUCAGAAGUUUGUCAGUUGCGAAAGGAUAUUGAUGAAUUGAGGACUAUAAUAUCAGACUGUUAUGCUCAGGAUAUGGGAGAAAAUUGCAUUACACAAUGAUAAAAGGUUUGGCCUCACAGCAACAAUGACUGCGUUAUUUAAUGCUGCUCCGGUUUUUCUUCCGUGUGCGUCUGUUAAGGAGCCGUAUUGGAUGACCCAUUCCCUGUGCCAGAUAAAGAGGGUUUCACAUAUUUGUGCAUAUUUUAUACAAGCAACCAAGGCAGUCACUAAUCAAGGAGAAAAUGUUGUGCUGCAAGAGAAUUCUGAUUUUGUCAAAACUACUGAAUGUAGGUCAAAACUGUGAAGAAGGUCUUUUUAUUGAAUAUACUGGAUUUUGUUUCCUUGCUUGGGCCUCUGAAAACAAGAACAGCCAUAUUAUUUUCUGGCAUUUUAAAAUAGUAUGUCAGAAGAGGGCAGUCUAGUUACAGCUGUCUUGUUGAACAGAACUUUCAACAAGGUAUUUGUUAUGAAAAGUGAUUUAAGUGCCUAUGUACCUGUAGGCAUUGAAAGUAUGGACGGCAGUAUAGAAGCUUGCAGAGACAUGAUGGCUGUGAAUAGACAUUGAGGUGACUUUGGCACAUUAUGUGAAGAUUGUCUUUACCUUACAAUGCCUCCCUUAUCAACUGACUAAGCUUUGUUAUACUCAGUAGUUGAUGGCCCAUGGUUAAAUGAAAAUAAGCUCCCAUGUGACAUUUCAGGUAGGACGUAAGAGGUUCAGAAGAUUUAGAAUCAUUCUGUUUUCCUCUGUUUGCUUGAAAAUAUUGAUUUGGGUAAAGUCUGUUUAAGUCCUCUGUUCGUAUAGACAAAAAAGGAUGAAAAAAUGCAUUAGUGAAGUACAAUAGAGUGUUGUGUGUUGGUAGGUAACACCUAGUUAGUUAUAUGACAUUUUGAAUUUGUUAAAGGCCUCACUCUAGCACUCCUCAGGAAGAUUAAAAGCCUAGAAGAAAGACGGUUUCUUCAGAAGGCAUGAAAGCAGCAAAUCCCAAUGUAUAGUUACAGUACACAUCGGGAUUCUUACAAUUAAGAACCAUACAAAAGCCCUAUUCAGACACAGGGUCCCUAAUUACUUGAGAAAGUUGUGGGAAAUCUUGUGACCAGAUUGGGCAGGAGGGGACAGGAGCCUAUAGGCUUUCUGUAGAUAUUGAUUCAGAGUGCUUCGGAAGUCUUUUUUGUUAUUUGGUGGUCCAGGCUGGUAUACUUUGCCACGUUAAAACAUGUGUGUCCUCUUUGCAAAGCCAAGUUCACUGUUGCUUUAUUCUGACAAUCAUUAGAAGUUGAACAUUUCCUAUUAAAAAAAAAAGGAGAGAGAAAAAGGGACAUCUUGCUUGUUUGUAAUUAAAGCUAACUGUGAUGUGCAAGAAGCAUUAGAUUGAGUUUCCAAUGGUCAUUGCGUAAAGAGAGCAAGAGCUUGAAUGGGACGAGUUUGCCAUUUUUAAUUUUGUAUGAAUAUUCCCCCCUUAAGCUAUUUUGAAAAGAAGAUGAAUUUUACAUUGAUUUUGUGUGAGCUAUGUUAAGUAUAAUUUGUAUAUGAUUGUAAUUAUUUUUUUAAAAAAACAACAACCACAAUUCUGGUCAUUUAAUUCAAAGUUAUAUUUAUUUAAAUAGGUGUUUCUUGUUAAUAGCAUUCUGUGGAAAUUAGUUUAAUAUUGAUCUUAACUACUGCUCAGUAUUUUCAAAUGCACAUUGUAAGUAUUAAUUGAAGUAACUUUAUAAGCAUGAAAGCGCUUGGUUUUCUACCCUGAUACCAUGAAGCAAAUAGCUUGAAUUUAAAAUAUGAAUGCAAUCCCAAACCCACUUACCAAGGAUAUUGGUUUGAGUGGUAUUUACAUUUAGUAUUGGUUGUUAAUUUGUUUGUUUCUAUUCAGAUUAGAGCUUGAAUGAUCAGAAGUACUUUUAAUUGAUUUACUUUUUAAAAAAUAAUAGUGUAAAUGCUGGAUAACGCCCUGAACAUGUUGACGCAUUUGAAAGAGAAGUUUUAUUUUAAACAUUUCCCCCAGUGUUAUCUUUUGCUAGAUGCUAUGAUGACAUAAAUAUGGCACUUGUUUCAAUAUAGAAAUAAGAAGAAACCUCAGUUAACUUAAAGUAGAACUAGUGUUUGUAAACUAUAGUUUUUAAACAAAGAAACAGCAAAAAAAAGUAUUUUUACAUUGAUUUGGUGAACAGUGGUUUCAGCUGGUUGGUUUGACAACACAGGCUUCAGAUGUUUAAGUUCUUUCCUUUGUCAAUUCAUUAUUUUCAUCAGUGAUGGAAAAUUAUACAAUCCAGAAAUAGGAUGGUGAAGAUUUAUGAAGCAGUGAAGUAUCAAGUUGCACCAAAUUUGGGGGUACGUAAAAUAAAGGGCAGUGGGACUUAGAUGAGGUUGCGGAUGUAAUAUUUUCCAAAUUGCCCCAAGUUCAGUUUUAUUCUUCUGCACAGUUGCUUUUCCAGAGCUAUACAGCUUUGGAUCCUUUUUCAA